UGAAUAGCUUAACAAGUUAGUUGAAACAAAAAAUCAACGCAAAUGACAUGUACCUAUUCAAUAAACAAGAUUUGUUUUGAUGGUCGAGUGUCUCGUCUGUUUGAAUGUGGAUUAAUAACUGCCACCAUCAGCAUGUCACUACAAAUCCACCCACACCGGUCAUCUAUAGUUGUGCCAAGUCUUGUUUCUCGGAAAAAUCUCUUGUAAAAAAAACACUUGUCGCAUGCAGUAGCAGUGAAUUGUUCAGAUGCUGCCUUCUAGGCAGCUCUGAUGCGCUGCUGACACGAGUCUCGCGGGAUACGGACAAUUAAGUUUUGAUUAUGAUUGUGUUUUUUCUGAUGCAAAUUAGUAUUAAGUGAACGCAGUAGAAUUUAAGCCCCUUUGAAUCUGCAUGUAAAUAUAGCUUUUCGAUGAUAGUAAAAGCCUUUCUGUCUGAACCUCGGAAAAUGUUUACCGUAUGGAUGUAGUGCAACGUAGUCUAUUUUUAAAAUUUAAAACUGCGUUUAAUUAGGAAAGUUUGAUUUGGUCUGGAAAGGUUUGGUAAUGGAAAAGUGGGAAUACACCGUUUUCUACACUUAAAUUGAAUCUAGUAAAUAUUGGAACGAGCUUGUCCCCUAAGUCACAUUUUUUUUUGUAUGAGCUGUAAGCCUCCUAUAAUCAUAAACCAUCACAACCAUUACAAGCUAUUGGCGCACAUGUUUAGCAUACUCUCACUCAAUCUUGAUGCGUAUCGACUUUCACUAUCAAAAGAUUCAUCAAACCAAAACAAACUUUUACCCAUCUGAGCUGGGCGCUGGCAUUACUUACCGUAACUAUUCUAAAACAAACUGUUACUCUCACCCUGGUUGAACUAAUGGCCAACAUUAAGCUUGGUAUCAUCAUUUAGGAAUACUCCACGCAGAGAAAUGGGAACUUACGCCGUUUGACAACAAUGCGGCUCGGCGGUUCAUAUCAUCAUUGUCUCCAAUUGGUCGGUUCUAUCAUCGGAUAUUAUGAUCACCUGCCUACCCCACGGCAGCCCAAGAACUAGAGCGCAUCCAAGUUCACCUAUGCGCUGAACUGCUUAUCUUGUUGUACGGCACAGCCUACUGGGUAUCAUGAACGAGAUGAUCCCAGAAAGUUUGUCAACCGUUUCGACGACGCGUCGCGUCGUCUCAUAGCAAUCGCGGAAAAAUCGCGUGCAUCCAGAGAGCCUACUUUGAUCGUUUAGAAAUGGCAAGUGCACGGCGGUUGGGUUCCGGUUCAUCGAUUCCGACCGACUUGUUGAGAUUUAGAUGGCGCUUCGGUUCCGCUGGGUGAGCGUUGGAUCACUGGUGGAACCGCAAGGUUUGGUUAGUCUUUCGGUGAAGUUCAAGGCGAACGGUUCGGUUUUCUCGGUUCGGAAGUUGGUGAUUCAUAAAAAGGAAGAAUGUUUGGAUCGAUUUGUGUUGUACUUUUGGGACUUGGUGCAUGUUUGGGACUUAAUGCAGUGUAUGUGAACAAUCAUAAGAUAGACAAGUACGACGUGGACAAGAUUAAGUUGCUGAGUCCGACUCCGUCCAGUGAUCAUGUAACGAAGAUCAACCUGAUUACGAAGGAUAACUUCACGAAUCCUUUGCAUUACUACCAGUACUUGGUGGGCAAUGAUCCCGGAGGUCACGUGGAGUUAUUGUGGGGAAACAACAAAACGUAUUUGCCGACGAUCUUUCGAAGUACGACAACCACGGAGCCAUCAAUCAACAAUACGAUAAACUAUGCUGAUGAUUUGUCAUCGAUGGAGAACACAUUGAACAAUACCACCCCCGUCUACAAGGGAGAUUAUCACGAGGAACCCAUUCAGAUACCACCGACGACUACGGCGCGGCCGAUGCGGCGAUUGAAGAAACCUACCAAGAAACCUCCGCCCAUCAAGAACCAAACUCAGAUAUCGGAGAAAACGCUAGAGUUGCUGCGGAAGUACUUCACCAUCAAUUGUACGCUAACGCCACUGCAGGAGCCCUCGACAACUCCGAUGCCGAAGAUCGCCGCCAGUACGAAGAAACCCAAAGCAAAGAUCAAGAGACGAAAAAAUACGAAGACUACAGCGGCGUCGACUUUGUCGUCGACCACCGCCACCACUACAACGCGUCCUUCGACAAAGAAGAGCACCAAACACAAGAAACCUUACGAGCAGGUUGUCUACGUAGAUCCUCCGGUGAUUUCCUCCAUCAGCGGAGUGCUGGAGAGUAUGUACAACUACAUGGAGGAUGCCUUCGUCAGCACGGAGUAUAUUUCGAUUGAGGAUGAAGGAAUUGAAGGACACAAUAAACAACUUACCUUGCAAAAAAAGACAACGAAAAACGGCAAGAAGAUCAAGCGGAACUCGGUCGGGGAAGGCAGCCCAGAAAUGACCACAGCUGCAGUCGGGUUCACGUCAAAGCAGUACCAAGAGGAAACACCGAAGCGCGUAACGCUGGCGGAGGUUCCUCUGACAAGUCCAGUACAGGCCAACAAGAACAAGCUGACGACGAACAUUCACGUGACCAGUGAGUACACUCCGGCAACUCCGGCUACGGUGCCGUUUCUACCACAAGCGCUGAUUGACGAUAAAGAUGGGAGCAGCGAGGAAGAAUCAGAAGAGGGCGAUUACUACGAAGGAUUUUCCAACACGAGUUAUGAAGAGGACGAAGAAGAUGAUGAGGACGAUGAAGGUAGCCAGGAGGAUGAAGAAAACAGUGACGAAUAUGAUGAAAGUGUCGAAGCGGCUGGGAAUCAAGCAGGGGGAGUGGUGAAUGAUAAGGACUAUGACUACGAUGAUGAUAGUGCGGGUAGUUCUGAUAAAAUAAAAGUGAAAAUUACAAAGCAACCGGAAGGCGGUGAAGACUACAGUGAUGAAGAUUCAGAAGAAUACGAUAGUGGGGAAGAUAGUGGUGGUGGUCCAGGAAGUUUCUUCAGUGGCUUAUUUUCAUCUAUCGGUAGAUUCGUGCGAUCGCUAGGUUUUGGUCCUCGAACAACGGUGAUGUACGACGAUUACGAUGAAACCCGUAGCACAACUCCAAGGAUCGUAGAUCUUAAGAAACGCCCAACGCGCAGCACUUCAAAUGAAGAUACGCAGACACAAAUCGAGCGAGUUCACGAUGCAACGGAGAAACAACAUCCUUGGUAUCACUAUCCGGCGUACUUGUACAACGAAAUUGAGGAACCUGAGGUUCAACUGCCAGUGGUAGAUCACAAUUCUGUGACGGAGCCUUAUACAGACCCAGAUUGGUUCAACUUCAUGACGCCUUGGGAUUUCUUCAACCCGUGGAUACCGUGGGAUAAUCCUUCCACAACUGGAAGCUCACCCGAACCCAUUGAAAUAACCUCGGCGCCAACGGUCUCAACAACUACCGAAUCCAGCGCUGGAUGGCUCCCGAAUCUAUUCGGAGGAGAACCACCCACACAUACAGAACCAGUUCAACAAACAACUCGGAAACCGUUGAUCCCGUUCCUUCCGGCGUCAGACCCUUUGCAAAAACCGGAAAACUGGCUAGGAGUCAUCGCUCAGCACGUUUUCACCACGACCAGGAAACCUAAGACCACGACUCAAGUUCCGUCGACAACUCACCUGACGAAGCCGACAAAGGUACACUACAGCGGUUACGAGCUGUGGCGUGUCUUCCCAAGAACCGCGGAGCACAUCCGUUCGCUCGAAGACUACCGGCUAUCUCCGGAAGGGGUGAAACUUCAGUGGUGGAAGGGACCGUCGCUUCGGGGUGCGAACGACAUCCUAGUUCCUCCCCAUAUGGUGGAAACGCUGGGCGAAUACCUUCAGGAUGAAGUCAUAUCAAAGGAAGUUGUGAUCCGAAACCUGGGCCAGGCCAUACUGUACGAGAACCCGAAGAUGACUCGACGGGAGCAGAUCGAGAUUGAAGUUCUGCACGGACACCCGUUGACGUGGUAUCGGUACCAUCGUUACGCGGAUCUGACGAAGUUCAUGAACUACCUGGGACGGCGCUUUCCGAAGAACGUGGAGCUGAUACACAUUGGGCGGAGCUUUGAGGGACGGCCGUUAACGGUUGUGAAGGUUAAAUUCGAUGGGAAGCGUUCGCUAGGGGGUAAAAUGAGUAGUAAUUCAAAAUACAUUAAGGGUGAUAAGGUGAGACAGAAGAAGAAGAAGGUGGUUAAGCGAAAAGGUCAACGACCUGCUGUGUUCAUUGAGGCUGGUGCUCACGGUCGGGAGUGGAUUGGUCCAAGUGUUGCCACCUGGAUGCUGGAUACGUUGACGAAGGCGAUAUCUAGUAACGAUACGGAGUUGGAGAACGUCAAAUCCAUGGACUGGUAUGUGCUACCGGUCCUCAACCCGGACGGUUACGAAUACAGCCACGAGUACGAUCGAAUGUGGCGCAAGUCACGGUCCAAACAUCAAGAAACACAGAGUUCUGGAAUUCUGUCAACUGCACUCAACUGGCUUCAGCAGCAGAGUUCUCUCUCCGUGGACUCCGACCAGAGCUGCAUCGGAACGGACCUGAACCGCAACUGGGAUCAUCGCUGGAACCUGGAAGGUGCCUCGAAGUCCGCCUGCAGUGAGUACUACUCCGGGAACAGGGCCUUUUCCGAGCUGGAAACCCGAGCACUGAGUAAAUUCCUGCUGCAAGCUCGUCGCAAUAUCCAGAUUUACCUCUCUUUGCACUCAUAUGGUCAGACCAUCAGCUAUCCGGAUCAGAAGCGAUCGGAGGGAGCGGAUCGUUUCGGAGAUGUCCACGAGAUGGCAGCCGUUGCCGUGGAGACCCUCCGGGGUUCAGGAAGUCACGUUACCUAUCAGGUGGACAGCGAAGGGGAGAUGAGUUACCCGAGCUCAGGAACUUCGGUGGAGUUUGCGCGGUAUGAGGCUGGCAUCAAGUACAGCUAUUCAGUGGAUUUGCCCGAUACGGGAACCCAUGGUUUUCUGUUCCCUCCGUCCGGUAUUGAGAAUACGGCUAGGGAUACGUUCGAGUUAAUAAAAGGUAUGGUUGACUAUAUUUAG